AUGACCACGGCACAGCUUGUCCAGGUCCAGGCUCUACUCUCGGGUGGCGACCCGCACUCUGCAGCCGCGCUGGGCGCCUUGGUCGCCGCGUCGGCGUCGCGGACUCCGUUUGCAGCGCGGACAGCGGCGGUGGCGGCUGCCGCUGCCACCGCCGCCGCCUCUGCUCCGCCGCUGCCGCGGGUCUCGCCAUGGGCGGCGCUCUCGUCUGCACCCAGUGCUCCCGGAACUACCGCAGCCGCAUCGGCGUAUACUCGCGCGCUCUCACUUGCCGGCCCCGACGCCUCGCCCGAGCUGCUGUUCGACGCUGCUGCCGCCUUUGCUGCCGCCCGCCUCUGGCGCCGUGCCGCCGAGGCCCUGGCUCUCGUCCCGUUUGCCAGCCGCUCGCUGGCGGCGCACCUGCUCGCCGGAUCGCUCUCGCGCGUCCUUCACGACGCCGCCGCCGCCCGCGAUGCUUACACUGCUGCUCUCGACGCCAACGCCUACGCUCUCGACGCCAUCGACGCCCUCGCCGAGCUGGGCGUCCCGGCCACCGAGCUCAAGGCCCAUCUUGGCGACGCCCUCGCAGCCUCGCCGCCGCCGCGCGCCCCGGCUUCACGCCUCCGCCCACAGGGCAGCAACAACGAGGACGACGACGAUGACGAGCUCCAUUGGUCAGACUCGGACGAGGACCGCGAGCCGGCGCCCGGAUCGUGCGUCCCGCCCUCGUGGCUCGGCCUUUAUGCCGACGCUGCCGCCGCCUACUGGUCGCACGACUUUGACCGCGCCGCCGAGGCCUACGGCUCGCUGCUGAGCCUCUUCCCGGCGUGCGUCGCCUUUAAGCGCCGCCUUGCCGCUGCUCUCUGGAACGCCGGCGCCGGCCACGACGCCCUCGCCCACUUUGCCGCCUCGGUCGACGCCGCGCCGAGCGAGCCCGAGUCUGUCGACCUCUACGCUCUUGCUCUCUACGAAGCCAAAGACAAGGCCACCCUUGCUACGCUCGCUAAUCGCCUUCUUGAUGCCGCUGCCACCCCGUCCGGCCUCUGGCCUGCCGAUCCCGCCGGAGAGCUCGGCGAGCCGCGCCGCGCCGCCAAAGCUGGCGCACCCGCCAUUCUCGUCGGCCUCGCCGCCCCGCAGCACCUCGUUGCCGUCGCCGUCUUCUUUGCCGCCACUGACCGCAUUGCCACCGCGAAGAAGCUGCUCGAACGCGCGGCCGUCAUCGACCCGCACCACGCUACCACUCACAUCGCCCGCGGCCGCAUCGCCAUGUCCAACACCAAGUACUCGGCCCGUCCUUCCUUUGUUGCCGCAAAUUACGCCCGCGGCGGCUCAGACCCGACCAUCCCGCCUGCUAAGGGCGAGACACCGCGCUUCCCGCACCCGGGCGUUCUUGACGGCAUCGUCGCUGCAAACAUGGCCAUCUUUGAGUUCCGCGGCGCGCUCGCUGCCGCAAAAUGCGCUCUCUACCUCGCUCCAGAGUCGCCGCAGUCGCUCACUCUUGUCGCCACUGUCCUCGGCUCGCGGAAGGAGGGCCGGGCCAAGGCCGAGUCUCUUCUCCUCGCCGCCAUCGAGCGCGCCCCGCGCUAUCACCGCCCGCUCGAGCUCCUCGUUGACCUUUACGUCGUUGACGAGCGCUUCGACGACGCCAUCGCCCUCCUCCGCGACUCGUUGCAGGCCUCGGUCCACUCGGCCCAGCUCCUCCACACCCUCCUCGGCGAGGUCCUCACCGAGGCUGGCUCGCUCAAUGAGGCCCUCGUCCACUACCACCUCGCUGUCUCACUCGACCCGUCGUCUGAGCGCGCCUCGCUUGGCCUCGAGCGUCUGGAUGCCCUCAUCUCGGGCGACGACGGCGACGACGUCACCGCCAGCCCACCCGAGUAG